AUGGCAGCGUCUGAUAAUCUUCUUACCGUUGAACAGCAGCCAUGGAGGUUAGGUCUGGGAAUGGCGGAUGGUUGGAUAUCUGAUUUCUUCACCAAAGAAACAGAGACCCUAACAAAAGCUUUAACGAAAUCGUAUACAAAUUCCUCUCCAAUCGACUGCACAUCGACCGAAAUGAUCGAGUCAUUACCGUCUCAAGCGCCGACCCCUUCCGGCGGUUCAGAGAAUGAAGUUCCUUUUUCCAAACGCCGCAGCGUUGCUCCAACUGGGAGAAUCACCAAACGUAAAUCGCGUGCAUCGAAGCGCGCUAUGACGACAUUUAUUACGGCGGAUCCAGCGAAUUUCAGGCAAAUGGUACAGCAGGUGACCGGCGUAAGAUUCGGUGGCGAUUUAAAUGGAUUUGUACCGGUUUCGCCGGUGUUGAAUCCCGAUCCGCAGAGGCCAAACUACAUGUUUCAAACGGGUUGUACCUUGCCCACUCUUGACACUUCAUCUUAUUAUCUGCUGGACCAGCAAGUGGUUCAGCCGCCAGUAAUUAAUGUUCCUCCGCCUUCCACGGCGGUGGCUGACGGCGGCGUAGCUGGUUUUAGCUUCGACACUUUUAGUAGUUUUCCCACCCUUGAGUCAUGGCAAGUUAUGUAA